AUUCAAUGGAACCUUGUGUAGAUCUAUUGCAAAAUGUUUACGAACCAGUCAAUCUAAUUGGGAUCAAUUGAUACCUUCAGUACUCUUUGCUUAUCGUACCUUAAAGCAUGAAUCUACAAAGUAUACUCCCUUCUAUUUGGUACAUGGAAGAGAAGCACAACUUCCUAUUGAUGUCGAGUUUAAUGAUAAGGAAAAUCAUUCUGUUUUAACUUAUGAAGAGGUUUUAGAACGAAGGAUCAGUUCUUUAAUAAGAACCUUCACUGACGUACUCAUAAUUUCCUCAAGAAAUAUAACAAGUGCACAAGAGUUACAAAAGGAAAGGCAAAAAUAUUUGGCUAAAGCUCAUGAGUAUCACGAAAAUGAUAUCGUAUUAUUAUAUAAUUCUGCUAAAAGACAAGUGCAUGGACAAAAGUUUAAUCCUAAAUAG